UGUAUAUAUUUUUGAAAAUUUUACCAAGUUUAGUCAAACAUUACGCAUGUAGAAAAUCAUUAAAACCUCAAGGAAAAUACAUAUGGGAUGCUGAAUGGUUAAAUAGAUAUGACUUUCAUUUUAAAUUGUAUUACGUGCGUGAAUUGUUUUCCACCUACAGAUCAUUACAUAUGAGACUGCAGAAUGAUUAACAACUACACAUGUUAUUUUUGAAUUAUGUUACUUUGGUAUUUAAAAAAACUUGUAUUAUGUUUUUUUUUCUAUUCUGCUUUAUGUCGCUUUUAUGUUAAUAUUGUAGUGUAAGGACCCCAGGGAAGAACAGUAGUGUUCUAUAAACAUUGCUGAAUUGGGCUUUCCACCAAUAUUUCAUUUUGUAUAUUUUACUAUGUAAUAUAUUUUUAUCUGAUUUCGGAAAUAACAAGAACAACAACGACAACAACGACAUUGUCUGUUUCAUAUACAGUGUAAUGCCUGACAAGUUUUCCUGAAUUUGCAUGAUUUGUUGACAUUGUUUUUAUUCAUGAGCAUGAAUUAACUCUUUACAUUCUUAUUUUCAUUCUAAAACGACAAUUACACCUUAAACCAUUAAUUACGAGGGAUUGCUUGGAUAUCUUCUGAGUAUAAAACACUCCAGAAUCUGAGAACCUUGUGAAAGGAGUCCACAAAAUGUUCAAGGAGAUGGAGGAGAAGCUUCAGCAAGAUCCAGACACAUUUGCCGAGCCUUUCAAGGCAAUGUUGAAAUCAUAUGGGCGUCUGAAGACAAAAAACAACUUUGUCUCAGCCAUCAGAAUGUUUGGCCGAUAUAGCGGCAUUAAUCUUGCCAGGCGCAAGGUUAAGCCCAAGGUAGCAGGAAUGCAAGUGUCUGGUCCAAGCAUCGGGGUGCAGCCCACAGCCAUUGGGCGAAGAAGAGUAAAGCUUGGGGGGAGGAGACGCUUGACAGGGGGUCGACCAACCAAACAAGAAGCUGUUGUGGAGCAUGGAUAUGCCAGAGCUUCCUCAUCCUCUCAGCUUCCCUGUAAGAAGCGUGUUGCUGCACCGCAUUCCCUCAGCCAUGCUGUCACAGUGUGCCAAUCUAUCGGCAAGACACAUAAUGCCAAAUAAUUUGUGCAUAGUUUUCAUAGUUUUCACCUACCAAGAACAUGUUAGUCAUUGGGAGCACCAUUUCUGGUGGCCAAGUCAACAUACAUACACCCUAGCUGUAGACCCUGUAUGGCCAAUGCAAUCAAACUUGGCAUGAAGCUAGCUUUAAUAGGUAAUAUUGUUCACAUACCUGCUUUCUAUGUGUGGGCGUUCUAAUGGCUCUAUAACUUUAUUGCGUAAUGACCAAUUGUCCCAUUAAGCCGAGGGCCAAAGUCAGAAAAGAGGGAUUUGCCUGCCACUACCAUACCACACAAAGCACACCCCGUUUAUUUGAAAGAUUUUCUAAUAAUACAAAAUAUUUCUGAGCUGUUGUUUUAAGCCUCGAUCUGCUACAAAGUAGCCGGAGGCAUUAUGUUUUAGGAUUGUCCGUCCAUCCUACGUCCCUUUCUCGUGAUCGGGUUAUCUCAAGAACCAAUUGAUGGCUUCCCGCCAAACUUGGGUCAUAGUAUCUUGCAGAGCCAA